AGGGAGAUCGUCUCCACUUGGAGCUGCGAGGCGACGCGCUAUCACGUGACAGGGCGUCACCCAUUUUGCUGCCUUAGGAAGCAGCUGUGAACAGAUGACACGCCAUCGGCAAUAUCAGCAAUGGAAAGUGCAGAUAAAGAUGCAGAUAUACCAGAGCCACAGCAGGACUCGCCUAGACAGGCUCCACAAGAACAUAAAACCCUCAAAUACUCACUCCUAGGACCAUCGCUGCUGAAAGCGGGUCAAGACGCGGUCGAUCAACGUAAAGUAUCGGAAAUUAUAUACAAUGCCUCCAAAGGGUCCAAAUUCUUCAACCAUGAAGAAUCGCGUGACAAAGUCCUAACCGAGAAGAUCUCGCAGAUUCUCGCUCGCAAGGCGCGCCUGGAGCGUCUAGAUCUAUCCUCCGACUGUCGCCGAGCAGAUGAGUACAUCGCCGAACUCGAACUCAGCCGCGAUCUGACACAAACAGUCGUCCAUGUUGACUGUGAUGCCUUCUUUGCUGCCGUCGAAGAGCUCGACCGGCCGGAACUCAAAACCGUGCCGAUGGCAGUCGGCAAGGGAGUGCUGACGACAUGUAACUAUGUAGCACGAAAAUACGGGUGUCGGAGCGGAAUGGCUUCGUUUGUGGCCAAAAAGCUGUGUCCGGAAUUAAUCUGCUUGCCGCAGAAUUACCAAAAGUAUAGCGCAAAGGCAGAGGAGAUUCGCGCGGUUUUUGUUGAAUAUGACCCGUGCUUUGAAAGUGCUUCGAUUGACGAAGCGUAUCUCAAUAUCACCGCGUACUGCGAUGAGAAUAAUAUGGAUCCACAAGAGGCAGUCCAACAAAUGCGCGCGAGAAUAUGCGAAGAGACCAAGAUCACCGUGUCAGCGGGUAUCGCUGCGAACGCGAAACUGGCCAAAAUAGCUUCAAACCAAAAUAAACCGAACGGCCAAUUCUAUAUCCCAAAUGACCGCGAAGAAAUCAUGAGUUUUAUUAAAAAUCUACCUGUACGCAAAGUCAAUGGUAUUGGGCGGGUGUUUGAACGAGAGCUGAAAGCAAUCGGCAUUGAGACGUGCGGCGAGAUCUACCCGCAGCGAGCAUUUUUAAAGAAACUAUUUGGAGAGAAAGCAUUUCAGUUUCUCAUGCAAUGCUAUCUCGGCUUGGGUCGGACAAAGAUCCAACCAGCUGAGGAAUACGAACGCAAGAGCGUUGGGACAGAAAGCACAUUCUCCGAAAUCAGCGACAAAGAAGCUAUCCACGCGAAACUGCGCUCCACGGCGGAAGAAUUGGAGAAGGAUCUUGCAAAGUCACAAUGUAAGGGACGAACCUUAGUACUUAAGAUAAAGUUGCACACUUUCGAGGUAUAUACUCGACAGGUGGUGCCUCCUAAAGCAGUAUGCCGGGCCGAUGACCUAUACGCCUAUGCAUUGCCGAUAAUAGUCAAACUUGAGAAGGAAAUUCCGAAUAUGCGGUUAAGAUUAUUGGGAUUGAGAUGUACUAAUCUUGUUAGUACGAAGAAAGGCGGCUUAAAUUUCUUUGGAUUUCAAUCAGUCCGAAAACCUAUUCCAUCAACCCAGGACAAUGACCAGGACCUUGAAACCGCUGCUGAGAGCAGAAUUAACGAAACACAACUAAGCGCAGAACAAGACUUUGAGAACGCCGCGCGCCAAGAACGAGAAGAUGAGAUUAACGAGUUGGAGAAGCUUAGCCAAGAGUAUAAUAACGAUAAUGAUACCCCAUUUAUAAAUACAAUACCAACUACUGACCCAACAAAAUCACCCCCGUCUCCCAAACCCGCAGAAAUAUGGACAUGCCCCAUCUGUUCGCACACACAACCAGCCGAUGACAAAAUCUUCAACGAACACGUCGAUUACUGUCUUUCAAAAGGGACGAUUCUCGAGGCUGUGCAGAGUUCCACGGAUUCUGUGGUUGAACAAGUACCCUCGCCAAAUAUACAGUCGGCGAACGAGCACCAAGUAUCAUCUGCUAGGAAACGGAAAUCGAGUUUCGACACGAGUUCACGACAGAGACGGUUAUUUUUCGCCUGAUGAGUAGCAGGCGGCUGUUAGGGUUCUUGUAUAUACAUAGCAUAUCAAAACAAAGUUCGGCAUGAAUCGAGAGAUUACUAGCCUCGAUAAUUUCAUGACUAGGUAAAACGAUUAUAUACUGAGAGAUCCACAUAAUUAACCACCAACCAACUCUAUUUUCCUACAUUAUCAAUCGACCACAUUGGUGAUCAGGCACCUUACUGUCGACAUGAGCAAUUUGCCAGCCUCGCCAGUUAGCAUACAGGCCGCGUGUGGUUGGUGGAGGCGGAACAAUGCAUGCUCUGUGGGUGUCUAAUAACGCAAUAUACGUAUUAUCCUCUCGAUAUCACCAGCUAUAAACAGAGCAUAAAUGGGUGUGCUUUCUUGAGCAUGUGAGAUGUGUUUGAGCGCAAGGCUUUCGAAUGGAUACUACCCUAAGAUAAUAUUGCUGUGAUUUCGAAACUGACGAGCCUAUGCCAACCGUAAUAUAUUAUAUUAUCCUG